AUGCCGGUGUCUUCCGCCAAGGCCACCAAAAAAAGUGCAUUCUCCUGCGAUCAAUGCAGAAAGAGGAAAGUAAAGUGCGAUGGACAUAAACCCACUUGCGUUCGCUGCACUCGCCGCAGCGAAACCUGUGAAUACAAGCUUUCACCCACAUUAUCCUAUACCCAGAAGCUUGAAAAUAAGGUCAAGGCAUUAGAGCAUGCUCUUUCAAUUGCAGAGGAAAACGGAUCUACGUCUGAUACUGCAGAGCAAUCUCCCUCAAGCACGUCGACGGCUGCGGCGUUACCGCCUGCGCCAACAAAGCGGUAUUUUAAGUCAAUAAAGGGGCUGAAACUCGAUAGAAAAGGCGCAAUUACCUAUCAUGGCGCGACAAGCUUCUUUCAGCUACCAAGUUCGGACUUGAACGAAGCAUUUGAGGGGCAAAGUGGGGGUGCUUUCGAAACCCUUGAUGAGGGAAACCGAAGGAAAGAGAAGCUGGUCAACAAUGCAUGGCAACAGCGUGCUUUAGAGCGAUUUUUGGAAACUCCAGAACCUUUCCAGUUCUUGCUCAAUAUUCACUGGUGUUGGAUACAACCCUUGUUCAACUUCAUCUACCGUCCUGCUUUCACACGAGAUAUGGAGAUCCUCGGCCCUUAUUAUUCACAUACCCUUCUCAAUGCCGUGCUCUCACAUUCCGCCCGUUGGUGCAGAUAUAACGCAGAAAUUCAGUUUCUCCUUGAGCCUUACGAUAAUGGAGCUCUUUUCUCAAGACAAGCACGCUCGCUGGUCUUUUCCGAAGUUUCGACCGGCCAUCCAAAGGUGCCAACCAUACAAAGUCUCUUGUUAUUGAGCGCGCAAGAAUGUAGCGCCGGAAACCGAACACAAGCCUGGCUAUACACCGGAAUGGCUAUCCGACUGAUUGAGGAUAUGGGGAUCACGUUCAAUACUGGUAGGAGCCAGUUAGAACUAAACCUUGAGGAUGAGGACGUCGAAAUCCGACAGCGCCUUUUCUGGAGUUGUUAUUUCUGGGACAAGAUGGUCAGUUUAUACUUGGGUAGAACCCCGAUGCUGCAGCAUUCGGGCAUCAGCCCCGACCAGAUAACAUUGGACGAUUCUGCAGAGAAUGAACUCUGGUCCCCUCAUGGGGUCGUGUAUCCUGAAGGCUCAGAAUACCCACCAACUAUGGCGCACUCUGUCACUUGCUUUAGAUGGAUGUGUCGGCUUUCUAUCAUUUUUAAUGAAAUUCUCAUCCACAUCUAUGACCCGACGAAGCCGCACACAGAUGCGGAGGUGAGGGCUUGUUUACAAAGUGAAGAGCAUUCCCUGAAACAGUGGUGGGAAGAUCUUCCAAACGUCCUCAAAAUCGAUACGGAAAACCUUCCGCAAUACUGUCCUCCUAGUCACAUUGUCACUUUGAACUGCCUAUACCACGUUUUCAAGAUCCUCCUGUAUCGGCCGAUGCUGUUCCAAAAGGACUCGAUGAAAGGCAACCGACCCCGAGCAAAUGCGCAUCAUCUGCUAGAGUGCAUCUCGUCUGCAACGUCAAUCAUUACAAUCUAUGACCUCUUCUGUCAAUCCUUCGGGUUUGAAUAUACUGUUCUCUCUUUAUCCUAUGGCAUCUAUACCGCAGCAUCCAUUUUUCUCCUCCAGAUCCAGGCUGCCUCACGCCCGGACGCGCAGGCUUUGCCACGGCUCAGGUUCUGUAUAAGUGCCUUGGAGCAACUCAGCGUUUCAAACCCAGUUGUUGAGAGCGCACUGGGUCUUAUAACCGACUCAUUGUCAAAAAUAAGACCGGAUAUACUCCCCGUUGUAUCCACGAACGACGAAGACAAAAUUGCGAAUGCCACAUUACAAGCGGAAACUCAAAAAGAAUUUCUCUCCGCAGAAUCCAAUCAUACAGGUCACCGGACAGGGUAUUUGGACUACCCCGAGCCAGUCAUUUGUGGUUCCGACCCCGAAGAAUUUACUAUAUCCGAUGAGACCCUGGAAGCAUUCCCAUUUCUCACCCCCAUAGAUGCGGCGUUUGGAACUAGUUACCAUCAAGCUUUCUAA